AUGGUCAAGGUCACUAUUCUUGGAGCUGGUGUGACCGGCAUGAUGGCCGCGGCCACUCUUCCUCGAGACUACAAUGUUACCAUCGUGGCCGAACACCUUCCUGGAGAUUAUCAUACCAAGGAAUGGGCCAGCCCAUAUGCCGGUGCUAUCUGGGUUGGUGUACACCAAUCGUCACCCCGUGAGCAGGCAAUGCAACUUGAGGGCCUUAUGGGACUCCUCAGACUUGCUGAGACAAAUCCCGAGUCGAGCGUGCGCAGAAUUGAAAUGACUGAGAUUAUGGAUCGCGGCAGUAAAGAGGAUGUCUGGUAUGCCGGUAAGGCUCCCAACUUCCGAUUCUUGUCCAGGGAAGAGUUGCCCGAAGGCGCUCUUUACGGCAUGAAGUACACCACCGUUGUUAUCACGCCGCAAAAGUUCCUUGACUGGCUCUACGAGAGACUCAAGGCCCGUGGCAUCAAGUUCAAGCGGGCUCGUGUGUACUCGUUGGGGGACCUAAAGGGAAUGGGCCACGACGUUCUUAUAAACGCCUCUGGUAUUGGGGCUGAGAACCUCAAGGAUGUCAUGGAAAAGAAUUUGACACCUUGGAGGCUGCAAACUGUCGUUGCUAAAGCUCCCGUCACUUACGACCAAUUAUUUAUCCGCCGAGGAGACAAAGGAUACUACUCAACCGCAUUCUCGCGAAAGGACGGCACCGUCUAUGUUGGAGGUGUUUUGAAAGAGAAUAGCCGUGACCUUUCCAUAUCCGAGGAGCAACGUGCCCACAUCUGCAAAAAUGCCCACCUGAACCAGCCGGAUGUGUUUCCAUCCCCCGAUCCCAAGGAUUGGCCCAUUCUUUACGACCACGUCGGUGUCUAUGCCACCAUGGACCGACGCGUCUGCGGCGUGAGGUGCGAGCGGGAAGACUUGGAUGGGCAGAGAGUCGUUCAUGCCUAUGGACAAAAUGCAGGAGGAUACGUCUACAGCUUUGGUCUCGCUCGUCAGGUGGUGAAGCUCACCCAAGACUACCUAUACGAACUACCUGCGAUGGGCAAGCUAUAG